GACAAGUUCCAGGUGUUUUUCAAGACACGUGAAGCAUCAAUGUUGACUGAACAGUCGGAUGCAGUUGAAACAAAUCAAAUCAGGGAUCCCAUUGGUGUUGAAACUCUGAGAGCAGUUCUUGUGAGGAAAGGUGCAAGUGUUCUAGCAGAUUAUGAGGCCUCUGGAACACUCUCAGAGUCUUCAAGGAAACUCCUUGUUAAAAUCGCUGUCAGUGAGUUGAUUGAGAGGAAGGGAUUUUAUCCACAAAGUGAAGACAAAUCCAAGUUGGCCAGAUCUAUGGUAGCACUUUUCCCGUCACUCAAAAUCAAGAUGGGAGAGGAGAAUGAGGGAUUUGAACAUUUCUAUGACCCCAUAUCCCACAGUGGAUUCCUUGAGAUCCGACUCCGAAAUCUAAGGAGGAAUCUUCAAGAUGAUCAACGCCGUUAUCAGCGCAAGCGUGUCAAGUCCACUGAUAACCCUAGAGCGUCCAUUAGGGUGGAAAUGCCUGCAGAAGGGGAUGAUUCAGUCAACGAAUGGAUGACGGUUAUAAAAAGAAUGAGACUGUGUCAGGAAAACCUCAGCACCAUCAAAGAAGCCAUGGACAAAACCUAUGCUAGCCGAAGGUUGUGGAUUGCUGCUAGACAUCCAACGUUGGAGGAAUUUUUUGCAGAGUUUCCACGCUUUGUGGACAUGCCAUACAUGUUUGACACAGAAUUUGGAAAGAUGUUUCCUGGAAAAGAUGACAUGUUCAUCCGAAAAUGGGAGGGAACCAUCAUCCCAAAGAUACUAAAAAUGUCCACAAGUGAACCUGCAGCUGCCUUGACACCAGUUCCUGAGGAUGAUGUUUCAUGUUACAGAGCUCUUCAUAAGCUUGUCCAUCUGCUGCCCCCCACUGCAUCAGGCAGGGGCAAAGGGAACACCAAAUGCAGUGUGAAGUCAGCUUUGGGCUACCUUUUGGAUAUAAAGCCGACUGGAACCAGCAUUUCCAGUGUGCUGAACAAUCCUCCUGAUAGACCAGUAGAACAUCGCCAGCCCCACUUGGUGUGCAUUGGAGAUCCCUCCGCCUCCGCCCAAUACAUCAUUGUUGCAGAAAACGACAAACUUGCCAUUCCUCUUAAGGAUAACGGUUUGACCUGUGCCAUUGACAAACUUUUCAAAAUGAUUUGGGUGUGUAAUGUUGCAUAUCCUGUCCAGCUCACUUGUCUUUCAUUUCUUUGAGAGUCUUUAUGAAGUGCCCCUCUCUGGUAGGAAGAGAGCUAAAGUUGUGGAGCUCAUUGCAAAGCUCCAAACUAUGAUGUAGCCAGUUUUACAAACAUGUACUGUUGUCCCAGGUGUAAAAUUAGAGUGAAAGAUGUAAGAAAACUAAUCAAUCAUCUUAGACAUGUGCAUGCAUUAUCUGAUGGACAGGAUUACACAAUUAUUUGCGGUCAAAACGUUUGCCAACGGACAUACCAUAACUUUAAUUCAUAUGCCAGACAUCUCAGGAGAGACCAUCCUGAUACUCAAAGCUUAAAUACCAAUUUCACUGAGACUUUGCCGGACUUGUC